AUGCCUCCACAGAAAGCCAGCUCCCUCUUAUGUAAAUGGCAAAGUCUUAUUCUCUGCCAACCGCACUGCCUGCGCCAACAAUCCUCGCUCCUCAAGCAUGCCCGCCUCCCUACCCACCGCACCCUCAUCGCCGCUCCUCAGCCCAAUUCCGGGCCUCUCAUGAGUCGCCGCUCCGAUCGCGCGCUCCCGGCCAUCAUUAGUCCCUGGCGCGUCUGGGGACCAAGUCUUCCAAUCUUCGUAAUCAUCCUCACCGUCUCCGCCCUCUGCAUCUUCAACUACCAGAAAUCGUCCUCCUCGGUUGUAGCUGCUACGUUAUACGCAUUACGCACGAGCGAAGUAGGUAGAAGGGAACUAGGUGAUGAGAUAUACUUCCGAGACAUGUGGCCAUGGAUUUGGGGAGAAAUGAACCAAUUGCAUGGAAGGGUGGAUAUCCAUUUUGGGGUAAAGGGGACCAAAGGGAGGGGAGUGAUGAGAUUUAAGAGCGAGAGGAGGGGGAGAAUGGGGAAAUUUGAGACGAAAGAGUGGAGCUUGGAGACGGAGGAUGGGAGAAAACUACAAUUGUUGGAUGAGGGAAGGGGAGAUCCGUUCAAGAAUACCAUAAAAUCCAUUUCGACCCCUCAAUAUAAUCGUUUCAACAAGGGUCAAGGCUUACCACGACUCAGAGCCUCCUCUGAAGCUGCACUUGAGCGAAAGGCCUAUACCACACCGUUACGAACCGGAGCUUUGGGCACUAAGAAGGGAAUGUCCGCCGUCUACGACACCGACACCGGACGGCGACAGGCUGUUACCAUAGUGCAGAUGGAUCGAGUCCAGGUGGUUGCGCACAAGACUAGAGACAAGAAUGGGUAUUACGCAGUUCAAGUGGGAUCGGGCUGGAAACAUCCAAGCAAUGUCACCCGUCCCUUACUGGGUCACUACGCAGAGAAUGGCGUGAGCCCCAAACGACAUCUGGUAGAGUUCAAGGUCAGAGAUGAGAAGGGUCUACUGGGUAUUGGUGAAAUGGUUGGUGCAGGAUGGUUUCAGGAGGGGCAAUUCGUCGAUGCAAGAGCGAAUUCAAGAGGGAUGGGUUUUGCUGGUGGCAUGAAAAGAUGGGGAUUCAAGGGUCAAGGAGCUUCGCAUGGUGUAUCAUUGACCCAUCGAGCAAUGGGUUCGUCGGGACAAUCUCAAGGUGGCGGGUCAAGGGUUCUGCCGGGAAAGAAGAUGCCAGGUCGAAUGGGAGGACAUCAAGUUACCACGCAGAAUGUAAAGGUCGUGAAAGUUGAUGAUGAGAAGGGCAUUGUGGUGCUGUAUGGCUGUAUACCUGGACCCGAGGGAUGCUUGGUCAAGCUGUCGGAUGCAAUCAAGAAGCCAUGGCCAGAGACACCCACGAUGACAUCAGGAGUUCAGGCCGCGGGAGAACCAUUGAGGGCGACUACAUGA